CCGCCGCCCUCAUUGUCGUCUCUGCCCUCCUCGCGGGGCCAGGGCAUGCUCCGCGCUCCCGCGGCCGGGCCGGGCGGCGGCAAGCGACACGACCCGCCGGCGGCGACAUGAGGCGUGGCCGGUGGGCCGCCCUGGUCCUGGGGCUGCUACGCCUCUGCCUGGCCCAGGCCAACUUUGCCCCCUACUUCUUCGACAACGGGGUCGGCAGCACCAACGGAAACAUGGCCCUGUUCAGCCUCCCAGAGGACACCCCCGUGGGCUCUCAUGUCUACACCCUGAACGGAACAGACCCGGAGGGAGACCCUGUCUCCUACCACAUCAGCUUUGACCCCAGCGCUAGAAGCGUCUUUUCCAUUGACCCCAAUUUUGGAAACAUCACUCUGGUCGAAGAGCUGGACAGAGAGAGGGAGGAUGAGAUUGAAGCCAUCAUCAGCAUUUCCGACGGCCUGAAUCUGGUGGCAGAAAAAGUCGUGAUCCUGGUGACUGAUGCCAAUGACGAGGCGCCCAGGUUCAUCCAGGAGCCUUAUGUUGUCCUGGUUCCUGAGGACACACCUGCUGGGAGCAGCAUCUUUAAGGUCCACGCGGUGGACAAGGACACUGGCUCUGGAGGGAGUGUCACCUACUUCCUGCAGAACCUGCACUCCACCCAGUUUGCCAUGGACCGCCACAGCGGGGUGCUGCGCCUUCAGGCUGGGGCCACUCUGGACUAUGAGAAGUCCCCGACCCACUAUGUCACCGUGGUUGCCAAGGAUGGUGGGGGGAGGCUCCGAGGGGCCGACGUGGUGUUCUCAGCCACCACCACCGUCACGGUCAACGUGGAGGACGUGCAGGACACGGCCCCUGUCUUCGUGGGCACACCUUACUAUGGCUACGUGUAUGAGGACACUCUUCCGGGCUCGGAGGUCCUGAAGGUGGUCGCCGUGGACGGAGAUCGGGGCAAACCCCACCGCCUUCUCUACAGCCUCGUGAAUGGGAGCGAUGGUGCCUUUGAAAUUAACGAGACGUCUGGAGCCAUCUUGGUCAUGCAGAGCCCUGCCCAGCUCCAGAGAGAGGUGUAUGAGCUGCACAUACAGGUGACCGAGGUCAGCUCUGUGGGGAGCCCAGCUGCCCAGGCCAUGGUCCCCGUAACCAUCAGGAUUGUGGACCUCAACAACCACCCGCCGACAUUCUACGGCGAGAGCGGGCCCCAGAACAGGUUUGAGCUGUCCAUGAAUGAGCAUCCGCCCCAGGGCGAGAUCCUACGGGGCCUCAAGAUCACCGUCAACGACUCCGACCAGGGAGCCAAUGCCAAAUUCAACUUGCGGCUGGUGGGACUCGGGGGCAUCUUCCGCGUGGUCCCACAGACAGUCCUGAACGAAGCUCAGGUUACCAUCAUUGUGGAGAACUCAGCUGCCAUUGACUUUGAAAAAUCCGAAGUGUUAACCUUCAAGCUCCUGGCCAUCGAGGUGAACACCCCAGAGAAGUUCAGCUCCACGGCAGAUGUUGUGAUCCAGCUCCUGGACACCAAUGACAAUGCCCCCAAGUUCACCUCCCACUACUACAUUGCCAGGAUCCCCGAGAAUGCCCCAGGGGGCUCCAACGUGGUGGCUGUCACAGCUAUGGAUCCGGACACAGGACCCUGGGGCGAAGUCAAAUACUCCAUCUAUGGGACUGGGGCGGAGCUCUUCAUGAUCCACCCAACCACUGGGCUCAUCUACACCCAGCCCUGGGUCAGCCUGGACGCUGAGGCCAUCGCCAGGUACAACUUCUACGUGAAGGCCGAGGACGUGGAGGGCAAGUACAGCCUGGCCGAGGUGUUCAUCACCCUGCUGGAUGUCAAUGACCACUACCCGCAGUUUAAAAAGAGCAUCCAGAAGGAGACGAUGGUGCUGGGGACACCGGUGAAAAUCGAGGCCACAGACGAAGACGCAGAAGAACCCAACAACCUGGUGGACUAUUCCAUCACCCGGGCAGAGCCGGUCAACGUGUUCGACAUCGACGCGCACACGGGGGAGAUCUGGCUCAAGAACUCCAUCCGCUCCCUGGAUGCCCUGCACAACAUCACGCAGAGCGGGGACUGCACGUGGUCCCUAGAGGUGCAGGCCAAGGACCGCGGCUCCCCCUCCUUCAGCACCACGGCCUUACUCAAGAUUGACAUCACAGACACUGAGCUGAAAACACUAAGGCACAAAAAACGUGAGUAACUUCCCAGAUGUCACAAAGCCAGUAAAAAGCAAAGCCAAAAUUUAAGCCCAAGAAACUGGGUUCCAGAGUCUAUUCUUUUAUUCUUACUGUCAAAUUGCCUACUCAAUCUGAAUAAUGUGAAUCUUUACCCUAGGAUUUUUAAAGGGGCAGCCCAAGGGUCUUAAAAAGUAUCAGAUUCCCAGAAAUCAUCUCUAGACCAUAUCCCCUCUCCCUAAAUUUCCAUGUUCACAGAGGCAGCUAAACCCCACCAUGCCCACCGACAUGCUCCUGACUCUUCCUGCUCUGCUCACUCCUCUCCUCCUGAGCCCUCUGUCCAUGGCCACCACCCAGCUUCCCUUGCUGGAAGUGAGGGUCAGAAUGUCCACCCCACCUUCAUGCAGCCGAAGCCACCUCAUAAUACUGCACCCUCCCAGACCCGAAGACCAC